AUGGGUCUCAUCAGUCGCACUCUCAAGAUUUCUGCCGCGGGUACGGUCGCCUCCAUCGGUGUCUUCUUCGGCGCCACGCGCAAUGACGUCUUCCAGCCCAUGGACUCCUCCGAUCCCAUCUUCUCCUCGCCUUUCUUCCAAAAAUAUAACCCCAACCGCAACCCCACCCUGCAUGAUGUCUGCGUCCGUCGAAUUGAGCUUUCCAAGAUCGAGCCCUCCCUGUUGGAGAAGAAGGGCAAGCUAGUCGAGGCCUUUUGCGCCGGUGUCUGGGGCGGCAUGGGAUACAUGGCUCAACGCGCAUACUUCGCCAAUAAAUACCAAGGCCCCGAGACGGCCACCCACCUCUGGGAUCGCAAGGACCUCCUCUCCAACACCUACGAGGUCGGCACCGUGAUCACCGACCACUUCGAAGUCCUCGAGAAGACCGACGAAUCUAUCACCGUCCGCUGUGGCGAUACCCCCCGACACCCCGACAUCCGCAAAUCCGACGGUCUCUUCGAAAUCUCCGCCGUGGUCAAGCAGGAGGAAGGCAUCGCGGAGUUCAAGCUGAAGAGCUGCUUCUACCAGGGCGAGGGCAAGGCUGAGGGUUCUCCAAUGGGUCCCGUUAUGACUUGGUUGCAUCAGCAAUAUACCAAGCUCUGGAUGGAGACUGCUAUUCUGAAGAAUGUUGUGAAAUAA